AACAGUUGCUGGCCGCGCGGAAGUGAGCAAAGUCGCUGCACGUGCAUCGCGCCUGCCUGCCAAGCGCGCCCGCACGGAUCUCUGGCGACGACUGACGAGCUGUAUGAUUCUGGCUCCACACUCUCACCCCGCCCUGCCAGCCCUGCGACUUGCGACCCCCGCUGCGACGCUUCUCUCUGCCACCGCGCUCCUCACUGCAGUCCCAGGCUCUGUGCGCUGCCUGCUGCUCACCACCCGCCGACUACCCCACACUGGCUCGAAUGUCGCCUGUCCACCAUGUGCAGCUUUCUGGCCAUUGCAGCGACUUUCCUUGAGCAGCCUAUUUCCUGAGACUUUUUACGAAAACUUCGAACACGUUCCUUUCGGUCUCCCCGACCACCUUGCGGCUUUCCGGCGUUGGCUUUGGUAGAAUUCCGUGGGCCUUCGCAACUUUUCCUCGCACCCUCUGGCCUGCCACGCCGAAGCAGAGUCUCCCGGGCCUUUCCAAUCAUGACUUCCACCGUGCCACACGCCUCGGCUAGGCCCUCAUUUGCAAAAGUCGCCGCGCAAACCUACAAGCCGCAAAUCCUCAAAGAGCAGGCGCCUAGCGUCAAGCCUCCGGUCGCAAGCCCGCAGCCCGCGAUCCCUACCAACGUAACCAAGCCGCCGAAUGUUGGCAGCGCACCGCCCACUGAGCCAAAAGUGGAGCUGAGUGAAGCGGCCGAAGAUGCUGGUAACACAGCUCCCCGCUCUGCAGAUUCGGCCAGUGCGAGCGGAGACCAAGCGGUCAUCUUGCCAGCGCUCAAAGAGGAAGAAGCAGCAAGGCUGCACCCAAACAUUGCUCUGGUGAAAUUUUCGACUGCCGAGGACAGCAACACGCAGUUGUCGUCGUCUGAUGGCUCCGCAAAGCCUCCGAGCCUUGACGGGAAAAGCGUUGCAUCUGGCACCACCUUCGCGUUGGAUGAGAAAGAGUCGCUUCGCCCAGACGACAGUGCCAGCUUGAGAGCCGUGGAAGAGGAAGACGUGACGUCACCGCCUGAGUCCAACGCUGCCGGCUCUCGUGUGGGGUCUGAUAGCGAGGCUCGCGCUUUCCGUGCCCAGUUGCAUGAGAUUGCUGUGAUGGGUCCGCAGCCGCAGAGAGGAGUGCCACCCGGUCGCUUCCCGGUUUCCAAUCCUAAUGGCCCCACACUUUACGACCCGAAUCAACCCCCGAACGGCAUCGGACGUUCACUUUCUCAGCCUAUCGUCAAUGGGAUCUCUCAGGGGCCUGGGCCUCAGAGCCUACCCGCCAUACCAGACGAGAAGUUGAUCGAGGCUUUACAGUCGCCUAGAGACCGGCUGUUCGUUGUGAAGAUUGAACAAGAUUUCAUUGACUUCAUCAAAGACUCACGGGAAAACGAGUACUGCCUUCCCAACUGCAAUACUUUCUAUCGGAUGCUUGCGCACCGACUUGCGGACUACUACUUACUCGGUCAUGUGGUUGACAACACCAUGACGGGAGUGAGGAUCACCAGGACGCCUUAUUGCCGAAUACCACCACCACUUUCGCAGAUGGUCGAUGCUACUAAGAGUACCAACACUCCCCCUGUUGACCUUCCCGCCCGUAAAAUCAUGCGCCGUGGCGAUGACACAAGAUCAGGCACUAACACAGGAGCCAAUUCCGAGAACCCGUCCAAGGCUACAUCCGAGGUAGACGGCAGUGACGGAGACAAGGACGGCAAUAAAAAAGACAAGUCAGCAUUGACUCGAGAGGAGCGCGAAGCGAGGUACCGAGAGGCACGACAGCGGAUAUUUGGAAGUGCAGAGAGUGAAGAAGCGGAUCUAUCGGACGCUGUUGUAGCGCCUGAAGAGAAUGAUGCGUCCAGAUCAAGUUCCGCGUCUGGGAAGAAGAAAAACAAAAAACUGCGCAACCAAGACGAUGACGAUGGUUUCGAAGCGCGAUCUCGGUACAAUGCCUACUACCCUGGCCAAUAUGCCGUUCCUGGCUAUGGCGGAGAAGGCACCGUCUACUACAGCGGCUAUCCGACGCCAAUGACCAACCCUCAAUAUUCACCCAUGGCUCCCAACACGUCUCCCCCCUCGAACUACGGCAGUCCAUAUCCAGGCAUCCCCCAGGAUCCACAGGCUCAAUACUGGCCCAGCCAACAAUACCCACCAGCUAACGGGCCUAUGAUGUAUCCAAACUAUGGCCAGAUGCCAAAUGGGUACGACUUGUCCAAUGAUUUCCAACGAGGAAUGCAAUCGUUCCAAAAUGCCGGAAUGCCCAACCAGGUGACCCCUAAGAUGGCGAACGCUUCGAUGGCCGGUUACGCUGAACCUUACGCCCAACCGCCCCCGAACGGGGCGAUGAGUCAAGGCUGGUCACCCAUGGGCCAGCAACCCUCCUAUCCAACGUCGCAACCAUAUGCUUCAAAUGGUCCGAACAAUCGACCCAUGUCUGCCCCUAUGCAAGGCCCGGCUCAAGGGACUUAUCCUUACGGUCAAUUCCCCAAUUCUACUUUCAACGGAAAGCCAAAUCGAAACCAGCACCCGAUUCCUGGCAGUUACCAGCGCCCGCAAUUCAAUCCUCAGAGUCAAGCCUUCAUUCCUGGUGGGCGCAACAUGCCUUACCAGAUGAGUAUGCACAAUGGCCCUCAGAUGAUGAAUGGUUACGGCAACUAUCAAAUGCCCCCCGCACAGAUGGUGCAGAUGUCCAGACCUAGCCCGCCCACCGCUAAUAGCGCGACAUUCGGCCACACGUUCGGCAUGGUCCAUUCUGGGUCAAGCAAUGUAAACUCCUCUCCGCCCAAUCAGUCUCACUUCUCAUCCCAGACUGUCGUACAGAUCCGCGGUGGUGAGGGGCAGGACUCUGGAAUGCCCAGUCAGAGUAGCAUCGCAAAGUACGGUACGCCUUCGAACCUCCCAGCUAGACCCCCUCCGACUCAACAACAACCGCCAAAGUUCACUCUCCCCGGGCACAAUUUUCCACCAGGAUCUCGCGUGCCUAACAACCCAACGCCUCCUUUUGGGGGCAAUGCUUCUUAG